AUGUUGUUGAAGGGAAACAAAACACUUAAUGAUUUUCCUUAUCACAUAUGUUGGUUUGGCAUGAAACCCAAUUUAAAAAAUAUGAUUGAUAGUAAUUUUACUUUUAGCUGUAUAGAGGAAUUUUAUUUAUUUCGAUUUUCCAAUAUUAGCAGUUUUAAUUUAUUAAAUUUAAGCCACUCAAAUAAUAAUUACGUAAAUGUUUGGUUUGACAAUUUAGACAAUUUAAUUAAAUGCUUUAAAAUUAAAUAUUCCUCAAAUAAAUCAAAAAUUUAUUUAUAUGAAAAAUACCUUGAUAAGAAAUAUCCUGUUAAUGACACAUUUCAAUAUAAAAACCCACAGCAGUUUUAUUAA